AUGGAACAUUGGGAUCGCAGACUCUGUUAUGUUGAAAAUGCGCUGUUUUUUGUUCGACAACCUGGAAUAGGAAAACUGCAAGAAAAUAUUGACUACUUUAGAAUUAGUAGUGCCACUAUAAGUCGGCAUAAUAAUGAUUUAUUUGCAUGUGUGAAUAGUGUCUCACGAACUAUUCAAGGAAGCAGCCGGCUAUGUUCCGGUUUAUGGAGAGAUAGGCAACUCGGUGAAGUGGAAGGCAGAAGUGACCAAAAUGCUAGUGACAAUCGUGGUCCUCUUCUCCGUCUGCUGGCUACCCUUGCAGACCUUCGUCCUCUUGUUCUACUUCAUACCCGGCUUUGGCAAGUUCUACACGGACGCUCAGCGGCGAUUCUACGCGCUCUCCUAUUUUGGAUGCCUCUGGACCUUUGGUAUGGAACCGUUUUAUUCCGCAAAGGAUCCUAUCUGGGACUUGAACUAAGCCCUGCCGUUUCUUUUAAGACCUGCGAGGACUUGGAAUGA